AUGGAAGAAGUUGAUGCCAUUUUGCUGUCUCAAUUGCGGGAAAUUGGAUGUGAUCUUGACGAUGACAUUGCCGGCAUAUCGAGCCUGGACUCGAUUCAGGUGAUGAAAUGCGUCGCCGAGUGCUUGGCCAGAAUCCUCACUGACCCAAUUGAUACUGAGCACCUGCCCAAAGUCAACCAGAUCUCCGAAUCAAUGAACAUGUCUGUCCGGUACAAAUACGCCACUACACUAUCCACCUCCAUCCAGGACCUUGGCUACAAAUCUGAAAUUGGAUACCAAACGUUCAUGUACGGCAAUGAACAUGAGAUUCGUCGCCUGCUGCUUUUUCUCAUUGAACGCAUUCCGCGAGACGACGAAAAAACUUCUGAAACGAGGGAAGGCGACCAGUUGUCAAGUGGCAGCAUCACUCAAAAACUGAAAAACCUCAACAUAAACACCAUCUGGAUUCCCUACUCCAACGAUGAUGAUGAUGAUGGCGAAGAAGCUGUUGACGAGGAACUAAAGUACAGUGCCCAAAGUGACCUUCAUGACCACUACAACUCUGUGCCUUUGAAUGCCAAUGCCAUUCACACCGGUGCCGACGUUGGCUUCCGAGUCAACACAUUUCUCUCCAAAUCACACUCCAAGCCUCUGCAGCGAUAUGCCAAAUAUAAGCUUUCCAGUUCGACUGCCUCCAGUCAGAACCUCCUCCUACCUCAGUCAGUGGCCGACAUUAUGCAGUGGAACAGCCUCAACUGUAGAAGUGCACAGUUUGACGAUGAAGACAGCGCCGAUCCGCUGGAUUUGUACAUUUCCCGGUGUCGGGCAAACAACAAGAACGCCAUUCAGUUUACUGCUGGACAUCUAAGCUCAGCAAUAUCUCUGGAUGAGAGUGGUGCCAUUUCACUGCAGACGGAUGCAGAACCGAAAACAGUCGAGUCAACUUUGUCACAAGCUACUGAAGAGACGGUAAAAGAGUUGACCAAGGAAGAGAAGUACGCACAGUCCAUUGAAAAGUUGCGAGAGCGAAUACGCGAGUAUGACCAACAGAUAGCCGAGUUUAACGAAAAGCAGGACCUUGUGACGCGCUGUGAAAGCGAGUACCAAGAGAAGUGCAAACAGUUUGAGGCCAGCUACAAGUCCAAAGAAGAGCUUGAAAAGGGCGUCGCUACGAUAAAGAUGCAGAUUGAGGAGAUUGCCUCCACCUGGGAGCAAAUACAAAAGGACCUUCUCGAGGAAAUAAAGCUAAAAAAGUCGCAGAGUUUAGCACAAAACGAGGACUACCGGGAGAAAAUGAAGCGCAUAGUCUACCUGAAAAAGUCCAUCGCAGCGAAGCUCAAGGAGAUUCAGUCAAAGGAAUCACUGGUGGCGGAGUUGACGGCGAAAAAGCCUGACGAGUGGCCACCAGGACGCGCCUCGUACACGCGUCGAAUCAUCGAAAUCAUCGGCAAUGUGAAGAAGCAGAAUGACGAGACGAAGAAAGUGCUGCUAGAGACAAAGACCAUUCAGAAGGACAUCAACACGCUGAAUGGCAAAAUAGAGCGCAGCUUUGCCGUCUCCGAGGACAUCAUCUACCGGGAAGCAAAGCUGAACGAGUGGAAUCGCAAGUGCUACAAGCAGUUGGCACUGCUGCACACCACCUUUGACCAGCUACUGGAGGCAGUCUUCAGUGUGGGCGUCCACCUGCGGGAGAUUCGCAACCUCGAGGAGAUGGUGGACAAUGAGCGAGCCCGCAAGGCGUCCUCCAACCUGACGCGAAUCAACGCCGACCUGCAGCAAAUCAAACUGGAGAACCAGCAGCUAAAGGGCAAAACUAGACAGCAAUAG